GCGCUGACGGGGGAUGGGGGUGGGGAAGCAAUUUGUCAACAAGGAGCCCCUCACCCUUUGUUACUGUGGAAACCACCAGCCUCCUGAAACUCCUCCAGUUGCUGGGGCCGCUUGGGUGUGGUUUGCCUUUGGUUGGGGCCAAAGAAAAGGCGAGGCUGGAGCAUUUCGUCGGUGACCCCCCCAUCCCCACCCUUGCGAGCUGGACCUCUUUCUCUUGGGCCUGUGUGCUAGAGGGUGGACCCAGGAGGAUGUGCUGUGCAUUAGCCGCAUAUAUCUUCAUCCUUUUAGAGUGAAAUUUCCAACUGAGUUCUCUCCUUCUCCCCACCCCCACCCCCAAGGGUCGCAGACUGCGGGAGCGGGCAGGGAUGCUGGUGAAGUCUGCAGUGGGACUUCUGCUGAGCAGAUGUGUAGGCCGGCCCUGCAGCAGCUCAUUAGCAUCGAUUUGUUUUGGAGACAGUUUUCAGUCAGGAGGGUCUGCGGGCAGGCGGGCCUGAGGGCUCCAAAGGUCACGGGCACGAUGCUUCGGGUCCUGGUGGGGGCUCUCCUCCCCGCCAUGCUGCUGGCUGCUCCACCGCCCAUCAACAAGCUGGCACUGUUCCCGGAUAAGAGCGCCUGGUGCGAGGCCAAGAACAUCACCCAGAUCGUGGGCCACAGCGGCUGUGAGGCCAAGUCCAUCCAGAACAGGGCGUGCCUGGGACAGUGCUUCAGCUACAGCGUUCCCAAUACCUUCCCGCAGUCUACAGAGUCCCUGGUGCACUGCGACUCGUGCAUGCCGGCCCAGUCCAUGUGGGAGAUCGUGACCUUGGAGUGCCCUGGCCAUGAGGAGGUGCCCAGGGUGGACAAGCUGGUGGAAAAGAUCCUGCACUGCAGCUGCCAGGCAUGCGGCAAGGAGCCCAGUCACGAGGGGCUGAGCGUCUAUGUGCAGGGCGAGGAUGCGCAGGGCUCCCAGCCCGGCCUCCACUCCCACCCGCACCCUGGCGGGCAGCCCCCCGAGCCCGAGGAUCCCCCUGGGGCCCCCCAUGCAGAGGAAGAGGGGGCUGAGGACUGAGGCCCCCGACUCUUCCUCCCCUCUCGUUCCCUGUGGAAUGUGGGGUCUCACCCUCCCGGGGAAGAGUUGGGGGAGAGGCUGAAGCCCCCCUUUGGCACUGGAUGGACUUGGAUUCAGACUUGGACUUGGAAUGCUUCCCGGUUGCCACGGAGAUCUGAAGGGGGUGGGACUGGCGCCAAGCUGCACAAUUUAAUAUAUUCACGAGUUGGGGGGAAGAAGCAGAGGUGUUCAGGGUUCUUCAUCGGAGGGGGGUUCUCUUCUUUUCUGCCUCCUAGACAUGUGCCCUGGGGAGGGGGAUAGUUGGCUAAGCUGCUGAGUUGGGGUGAGGCCAUCCAAGACGCGCCAAGGCCCGCACGGCCCCUCGGUGGGGCCGGGCCCUGAGCUGGGGUUGGGCGCCUUGCCCUUGGCAGCCCUGAGGCAGGGCUAGGAAGACCACUGGCAGAAAGAAGCAGGACGCUCCAGCCCCACCGGCUUCCCCAAAGGCCUCGCACCCCCGUCCCCAGGGCAGCUUCUCCCCGGUGGCCCUCCCUCAGUGGCAUGGUUGGGAGUCAGGCCUGGGCAGGACCCUGCUGCCUCCCGGCCCUGGAGCUGGGAGCCAGGCUCCCUGCCUGCCUUGGCUUUCGGGGGGGCGGGGAGGAAGGCAGGGGAGGAGGAGCCUUGCUGGGCCAGGGGGAGGGGAUGACGCCCUCGACCAGAGGGCAUCCUUCCCUCCUCGCCCUCUCCCAGAUCUUAGUGCCUCUCCCUGCCCCCCAGGUUCUAGGCCCCUCAAAGCUGAUAGAGCCAGCCUCACCCUCUUGGGAAGCUCUUUCUGAAUAUCGGAUGCUGGGGAGGGGUCUCCCUUCCCCGGAGGUUCCCAGGGGGGACCUGGGUGGGAUGGAUUCUGGAUGAGCCUCAAGGAACGGGGAAGGGGAGGGGUGAGGGCGCGUGGGGCGGCUGUGUUCACUGUGGCUCUGCAGCUGCCAAGUCCCCUCCCCCCACUCCUCGCAGCCGCACUUUAGCCCUAGAGGGGGUGCGGGGCCCCGGGGUGGGGGGCUGGGCAGGGGGGCAGGGAAGAACGCCCCUCCGUACCCGCAGCUGCCUGCGUCUGCUCUUCUGUCCCAGGGCUGCUGCCAGCCCCGCCAGCCCCCUGCCCGGGGGUGCCCCGGCCCUCACGGCUAUUCCGACAAGAGCUCUGGAGCUUGUAACCAGUAGGAUGGACCCCGAGUUUUCUCAUGAAUAAAUUCGUUCAACACC